AUGGCAGCACCCCUUGUUUUCGUGACCGGUGCAACCGGCUUCAUCGGUUCGCAGGUCGUCGCUACUACUCUCCAAGCCGGGUACCGCGUGCGUCUGAGUAUUCGCAAAGCGGAACAAGAAGCUACCCUACGAGAGCUCCAUCCCGGAUAUGGCGACAAAAUCGAAACAUGCAUUGUUCCCGACAUCUCCCAGCGGGAAUCGUUCAAGGAUGCUUUUCAGGAUGUAGAUUACGUUUUUCACCUUGCCUCUCCAAUCCCUGGCGGAGGAAACGACUUCAAGCAGGACUACGUUGAGCCGGCUGUCAGAGGCACCGAGGCAAUUCUGUAUGCUGCUUUGGAGUUUUCACAGAUCAAGAAAGUCAUCGUAAUGUCUUCUGUGCUUGCGCUAGCUCCUGUGACUGCCCUGAUUACCAAGGAUAUCUCGGUGAAAGACAACACUGGCGAGGUCAUCCCCGUAGACAUGAACAUGUCCUUCCCGGACGAUUUCUCUGGCCACGCGCUCAAGUACGCUGCUUCGAAGGUGCUAGCGCACCAAGCGACACGUUCGUUUUUGGAAAACAAUAGUCCUCAUUAUAAAUUAAUCACACUCCACCCGACAUUCGUCCUAGGGCCCAGUAUGAUCCAGAAGACCCCGGAGGAGAUCAGUGGGAUGAACGCUCUUUUCUGGUUGUCGGUUACCUCAGGACAAACUCGAAUCGCUAAUGCCUGGGUGCAUGUUUACGAUGUCGCGGAUGCACAUAUUAAAGUGCUGGAGAAAGAUAUCCAGAGUGGAACAGAGUUCAUCUUGUCCAGGCCAGCUGUAUCCUGGGAGCAUGCGGCAGAUUUCAUCAAGGAGAAGUAUCCGGCUGUUGAGUGUAAGCUGGAGCCCCCCUUUGAGGGACAUUGGGCGCUGGAUACCACCACCGCUGAUCGCAUUCUGGGGAUGCGGUGGAGGUCGGAGGAGCAGAUUAUUGGGGAUGUUGUUGAGCAACAGUUGGGGUUGAGGGAAAACGCUCGUAAUUAG